UCUGAUAAGUGUUGAUAAGCUUAUCGUUGUGGAACAACAUAACCUCACUUUUUUCUCGUUAAAGCCGUCGAUAAAAUGUGUUAAUUUGAGUUUCGCCAUGCAUAUGUCGUUUUGGUGGGAUUACAAGCUCUCCGAUUACCUGUUUCGGGGGCUGUCGUCGCACUCAAUUGGGGGCCUUGUCGGCAUGUGUCUCUGCGUGGCCUCCAUGUCUUUCGCUUUUGAAUUUCUGCGCUACUUGCAAGCCAAACAACGUCAGAAGGAGCUGAUUCUCAGAUCGGAGCAACUGAAAACGAUUUGCCCCACUGAGACCUCGACGCUGCUCGAUGGGGCCCCCGCGCCCCCAGGGGUCGCAAUCACACCGAUGCACAGAACGUUUCUAUUUGUUUCGGAGAUUGGGCUUUGGUUCUUUUUACAAAACUUGGGUUAUAUUUUGAUGUUGUCUGUAAUGUUGUACAAUGGAUGGUUGUUUGUCUCAGCUGUGGUGGGCGGAGGCUUGGGCUAUUUCGUUUUCGGCCAAAUGUUUAUGAAGAUUAAUUUGCAAAACUGCCAGAUUAUCAGAGACACGUGGUGCAUGCAAAAGUGCGGAGAGCCAGAUCCCGAAACCCAGUCCAGCGAUUCCUGAAACGCCCCUUCUAACCCCUGAUUCAAAUUAUUUUGUAAAAUGUUUAUUUGUUGACAAAAAAUUGAAAAUAUUGGAAUUCCAAUAAAAAUACCCUAGCAUACCAACAUAAGAUGUAAAAUGCACUAGAUUCCCACGUUUGAUAAACUUGUCAAAUUUGGUGAAUUUGACAUUUUAGGUUGGUAG